AAAAAAUAGAAAAGCAAAGCAAUAAUUGAAGAAAAGAAAAGAGAAAGGAAUCUCAAGUUUAUCACCUUGAGAAAAUCCUAUAAAAAGUUUAACAAAAGAAAAUAAAAGAAAAAUGUUCCCAGGAAAUGUUGCAGCAUCAUCAUCGCCGCUAUCGUCUUUCUUUGUUUGUUUACCAAUGUUGCUGCAACUGUGUGUUCUUUGUGUCGUUGGCGUGUAAAUACUUAAAGUGUUCGUGUAUUUAUUCUAUGCGUGCGCAUCCGCAUCCGCUGUGUUCGUCUUUGUGUUGUAAUUUUUGUUAAAUUUUCUAAACAACAUUCGAUUUUGUUUUGAUUCCCAGUCUUCUUGUUGGAUAUUUUUCUUUCGACUGUGUAAUGUUUACAAAUGUCAAACAUGAAUUCAGAUGAUAAUUUCAGUUUGGCCGGCAACAAUGAUGAAUCCGACGAAGAAGUCAUCGAGAGCAUGGAAUUGCUCGAGGGCAAUUAUCAAAUGAUAAGACAAUGGGUGCCACCAGCACCCAAUUAUUGGGAUGCACCACCAAAGGCUGUCAUUAAAUCGGCAGAAGUGAGGCCAAUCAGUCGAACGCCGCUAACACAGGUAUCGUACUUACAAAAAAUACCUACAUUGCCGCGUCACUUUUCGCCAAGCGCAGGAGGUACCACGGCGGCAAGUUCAAACACGCCACCACCUCUACCACCAUUGGGAAGUUUAAGACAUCUCGGCAACAGCAAUGUCGCAUCACCGUCAUCAUCCACAUCGUCAUCGGGGCCAAUGCCAAGUAGCUCAUCGGCUGGAGCUUUAUACAAUCCCUCAGCAGUUGCAGGUUUGCCAACAUCACCGUUGCCCAUGCAACGACAAUUUCAACAGCAGCAGCAUCAACAACAAACAUCUCAUUUGCCACCAUUACCACCACAUCAGCAACAACAUCAUCACCAUCAUCCUCAUCAGUAUCUGCCACCUCAUCUACAGCAUCAGCAAAUGCAACAGCUACAGCACCAACAUCAACAUCAACAGCAGCAUCAGCAGCAACAAUUAUCUUCAAAUACAUUGCCACAUCAGCCAUCACAGUAUUCACCUGCGGCAUCGGCAUCGUCAUCAAUCUCCAAAUACUCAUCAUCAUCACUGAAGCAUCCUCAUCAUCCUCAUUCUCACAAUCAACAACAACAGCAGCAGCAACAACAACAACCACCACAUCAGCUGUCUCCAUUGCUGGAGUUCAUCCUCCCUUUUUGGUAG